AUGGAACGUAAUAAAGACCCAAAUGACCUGUUGGCACGUACACUUACAUACGUUCAGUUCCCUAUUUUUUAUGUAUGGAAGCUUGACAAGCGAGUAUGGGAACCAAGAAAAGGGAAAAAAUCAAUUGGCAGGAUUCAUUCCGUAUCUCCAACUUUAGGUGAAGCGUAUUUCUUGAGAAUUCUUCUUAACAAGGUUAGAGGACCAACAUCGUUUGACGACAUUAAAACAGUUAAUGGUAAAGUUUACGAUACAUACAGAGAUGCUUGCUACGCACUUGGCCUUUUAGAUGAUGAUUCAGAAUAUGUAGAGGCAAUAAAAGAAGCAAAUUUAACUGGAAGCGCUUCAUACAUUCGCAAUUUAUUUUCUACGAUGUUGUUAUCCGGUAGUCUUUCUAGACCUGAGGUUGUUUGGGAAACUUCGUGGAGAUACAUGGCGGACGAUUUUGUUUACAGAUUAGCAAAAUACCAUCGAGUGACAGCGUUAUCAAUUCUGGAUCACCAACUGAAGAACUAUGUGUUGGUCGAAAUUGAAAAGUUUUUAUUGCGAAAUAAUUCUUCUUUGCGAAGAUUUGAAUCAAUGCCAUAUCCAGAUAUGUCGUCUUCAGGUAUUUCCGAUUGUCGUUUGAUAUACGAGGAGCAGGCAUAUGAUACAACAUACCUUGGAAAUCUGUACGAUAGUCAUUUGACAAUGUUAACUGAUGAACAACGCACUGUUUUUGAAGAGAUUAUGGCAGCAGUAAACAAUGAUAACGGUCAGAUUUUUUUCCUUUAUGGCUAUGGCGGAACAGGUAAAACUUUUCUAUGGAAAACAUUGUCCGCUGCAAUUAGAUCAAGAGGUCAAAUCGUGUUAAAUGUGGCUUCCAGUGGAAUUGCAUCGUUGUUGUUAGAUGGUGGCAGGACUGCACAUUCCAGGUUUAGCAUACCGUUGAAUCUUACUGAAGAUUCCGUAUGCCAUAUAAAACCAGAAAGUGAUUUGGCUAAAUUACUUCACGAGACUAAAUUGAUAAUUUGGGAUGAAGCACCUAUGGUUCACAAACAUGCAUUUGAAGCGCUCGACAGAACAAUGAAUGACGUUUUCAACAUUGACACAUCUCUAAAUUCUGAAAUCCGCUUUGGAGGUAAAGUUAUUGUUUUUGGAGGGGAUUUUAGACAAAUAUUAUCUGUUGUUCCAAACGGUGGCAGACAAGAGAUUGUUAAUGCCUCCUUAUGUUCGUCUUAUUUGUGGAGUAAAUGUAAAUUGCUAAGACUAACUAGAAACAUGAGGUUAACGGUUGGAAGAUCUACGGCUGAUGUUGAUGAAAUAAAUAGUUUUGGCAAAUGGCUUUUGGAUUUGGGUGAGGGUAACGUUGGUGGUCCAAAUGAUGGAGAAGCAACUAUUGAAAUACCACGAGAUCUUUUGAUUACUGAUCCAUCUGAUCCAAUUGGAAGUUUAAUUGAUUUUGUUUAUCCAUCAAUCUUGGAAAACGUAGACGCCCAUAACUAUUUUAGUGACCGGGCCAUACUUGCACCUAAAAAUGAAGUUGUUCAUGAGAUUAAUGACAGGUUGCUAGCAAUGUUUCCUGGUGAAGAAAAAGAGUAUCUUAGUUCUGACAGUCUUUGUCCGUCUGAAGAUGUAAAUUCUACACAACAAAGACUUUACUCUCCAGAUGUGCUCAAUGGUCUUAAAAUAUCUGGCCUACCUAAUCAUAGGUUAGUCCUUAAAGUUGGUGUUCCAGUCAUGUUAUUAAGAAAUAUUGAUCAACGGAAUGGAUUGUGCAAUGGUACAAGGCUACAAGUAAAGAAGCUGCACAACCGUGUAAUAGAAGCAGAGAUAAUAUCUGGUUCAAAUAUUGGUACUUGCACAUAUAUCCCUCGAUUAAACUUGAUACCUUCUGAUAAAAAGAUUCCUUUCUCUUUUCAAAGAAGACAAUUUCCACUGGCCGUAUGUUUUGCAAUGACCAUCAACAAAAGUCAAGGUCAAUCUCUUUCAAGAGUAGGUUUGUACCUCAAACAACCAGUCUUCUCUCAUGGUCAGUUGUAUGUUGCCUUAUCAAGGGUGAAAACAAGAAAUGGUGUGAAGAUACUCAUACUUGACAACAAUGGAAAACCUACGGAUAAAACAACUAAUGUGGUGUAUAAAGAGAUAUUCAACGAUUUGUGA